GCAAGCUAGCUAGCUAAGCGAGCGAGCGAUCCACGGCGGCUCGCGUCGAUGGGAUUCACGGUGACGAGGACGAGCCGCUCGCUGGUGGCGCCGGCGUCGCCGACGCCGACGGAGGCGCUGCCGCUGUCGGUGAUCGACCGCGUCGCCGGGCUGCGCCACCUGGUGCGGUCGCUGCACGUGUUCGAGGCCGGGGGCCGCGAUUGUCGUGAGCCGGCGGCGAGGGUGGUGAUCCGGGAGGCGCUGGGGAAGGCGCUGGUGGAGUACCACCCGUUCGCCGGGAGGUUCGUGAACGGCGGCGGCGGCGAGGCGUGGGUGGCGUGCACCGGCGAGGGGGCGUGGUUCGUGGAGGCGGCGGCGGCGUGCAGCCUGGAGGAGGUGAGGCUGCUCGACCACCCGAUGGCGAUCCCCAAGGAGGAGCUGCUGCCGGAGCCGGCGCCCGGCGUCGACCCGCUCGACGUUCCCCUCAUGAUGCAGGUGACGGAGUUCACGUGCGGCGGGUUCGUGGUGGGGCUCAUCUCGGUGCACACCAUCGCCGACGGCCUCGGCGCCGGGCAGUUCAUCAACGCGGUGGCGGACUACGCGCGCGGGCUGCCCAAGCCGCGGGUGUCGCCGGUGUGGGCGCGCGACGUCGUCCCCGACCCACCCAGGAUGCCGGCGCCGCCGCCGCGGCUGGAGCUGCUCGACCUCCGCUACUUCACCGUCGACCUCAGCCCGGAGCACGUCGCCAAGGUCAAGUCCGCCUUCUUCGAGUCUACCGGGCAGCGCUGCUCCGCCUUCGACGUCUGCGUCGCCAAGACGUGGCAGGCCCGCACCCGCGCGCUCGUCGCCGCCGGCGGCGGCGACGCGGCGGCGGAGGAGGAGCGCGCCGUGCGCGUCUGCUUCUUCGCCAACACGCGCCACCUCAUGCUCAAGGGCGACGCGGCGCCGGGGUUCUACGGCAACUGCUUCUACCCGGUGGCGGCGUCGGGCGGGCGCGGCGAGGUGGCCGGCGCCGACAUCGUGGACGUGGUGCGCAUCAUCCGCGAAGCGAAGGCGCGGCUCGCCGCCGACGUGGCGCGAUGGGCGGUGGGCGGGUUCGAGGAGGACCCCUACGAGCUGACCUUCACCUACGACUCCCUCUUCGUCUCCGACUGGACGCGCCUCGGCUUCCUCGACGCCGACUACGGCUGGGGCACGCCGUCGCACGUCAUCCCCUUCUCCUACCACCCCUUCAUGGCCGUCGCCGUCAUCGGCGCGCCGCCGGCGCCCAAGCUCGGCGCGCGCGUCAUGACCAUGUGCGUCGAGGAGAAGCACCUGCCGGAGUUCCGGGACCAGAUGAACGCCUUCGCCGCCGCCAACUAAUUACCCUAGUUACUAUUAAUUAAAUCAUAUUUAGUAAGUAAUUACGAGUGUGCUUCUUAUUAAUCAAGAGAUUAUGCAACUAAUUAAGCAUGUCUCAACUCUGAUCGAUCGAUCGGCGUGUGUGUAAUUUGGUUGGUCAAUAAAGGAUUUGUCACACAGCAAGCUUUGUACUUCAAUUAAUCUACCGACAAGUUCAUCUGCA